AUGUACAAUUAUACUGAGUAUCGAGUUCUGAAUGAUAGCAUAAAGAUUUGUAACUCCACUGAUGAUUUCGACAGAAAUAUUUGGAAAGUACGCAAUGACUGGGUAAAGGCGAGAAUGCAUAAAAAAAGUUGCAACAAACCCAUGUCGUACAUUCAGUUCGAUCGAUGGGAAUACACUGUGCUUAAGAAUUUUAGAGUUCUGAUUUUGGCAACAAAGCAGCAGAUAACAAAGUACGAUUAUGCUGUGUUUAAAGGUGAAAUUAUAACAUGUGUGACCGAAUGCGCCAAUUUUACCUUUACUAUAAAGUACGAAAAUGAAUACAGAGUAUGGAACAACUUCUCAAUGAUGUACCAAGGUCGAAUGUACUCUUAUGAUGAGUACAGAAUAACAGACGAUGGUCUACAAGUUUGUAAUUCUUCUGACCGUUUCAUUAAAGAAAAAUGGCGGAAUUUCAUUGUUUCAGAAAAAAUAACGAUAGCUUUCAAACAUUGUAAUGUAUCGGUGGACGGUUUUUACUCCGAAAAUUACACAUUGCAUACAAACUUAAAUGUUUUCUUCAAACCUACCAAUCAAAAUUUCACAAGGCAAGAUUAUGGAGUGAUUUUGGGGUAUUUUGCAAUUUGUUCGGCAAAGCUUAGAUUGUCCUGCAAUGAUGAUUUGGUCAAAGUAAAGUACGGUGAACAACACAACGUUUUUAAAAACUUUUCACUGGUUUACCACAACCAAAUAUACGAUUAUCGCGAAUAUCGAUUAAGCCACAACAGUCUUGAAAUGUGUGCUUCCAAUGAUUCAAGAGUUCAAGCCAUUUGGAGAACGCGAAAUUCGUGGCAAAAGUCGUUACCCGCAUCCUGUUAUCAUUAUUAUAAAUUAAAUGCGAGAUACUACAUUGUGACAAAGCAGUUUGCUGUGUAUUCGGCAGAUAACGGUGAAUAUUUCGAAAGAAAUGGCUAUGCGGUGAUAGACGGUAAACCUUAUGUAUGCGGCAAAGAAAACUUAAGACCAAUUUACGUAAUUACAAACUUUAAGAUUAUUAUAGCACCAUUAUGUGCUUUAGCGCUUUCUAUUAUUUCUUUGGUAUUGUUGUUGAUAGUUUACUGCAUGCUUCCAGAACUGCGCACACUUCCUGGUUUGAAUUUAAUGAGUUUUAGCUUCGCCUUGCUGUUGUGGCAGACUUACCUUGUAGUAUUUUUGUCACUGUAUUCUCAUGUAGGUAAACUGUUUGAGAUACCGUGUGCCAGGCUGUUUGUAGUAAAUAAGUUUAUGACGUAUAGCAUAAUUAUGAAUUCUGCGGUUAAUAUCCAUCACUUAAGGAAAACAUUUUGUGGCAAUACUCUAGUGAAAUCUGAUGAACUGAAAAAGUGGAACAGAUUUUUGAAGUAUAGUCUCUUUAGCUGGGGAGUUCCCGUCAUUAUAACGAUUAUUUACAUUGUACUAGUAAAGGAAGAUGUUCUAAGAUUUGAUCAACCUAUUGUGUCUGUGAAGAACGACGUUCAAUCCAGCUUAAGAUUCUAUCGACGCAUUGCGAAUGGAAAGACGACGGCAAAUACUAUAGGGAUUUAUCACCGUGUUGCAUCCUUGAAGGGAGAUGUCCUGGAAUCAAAGUUUAAUCAAAGCACUGACACUGUACUUGAAGAUACCCAGUCAAGGUUUAGUCAAAGCACUGUACUUGGGAAGGAAGAUGCGACGGAAGAUGAUGCAAGGAUUUAUCAACCUAUUGUAUCUUUGAGGAAAGAUGUUCAGUCAAGCUUAAAGUUUUAUGAACGCAUUGUAUUUGCGAAUGGAGAUGGGAAGGAAGAUGAUGCAAGGAUUUAUCAACAGAUCUCUGGAGAUUGUAUCAAUGGUCGAAUUACUCCCGAUUGGUCAGCUGCUGUUGAUGUAUAUGGCCUUCAAGGUUGUCUUUUGUUGUACAUUAUUGGAAUGUUCAUCUUCACUGCUUAUCGAAUUCGCCAAAAACUCAAGGCAAGCAGGAACAUUGCACAGAAAUCGAAUGUUGUUAAGCGUCGUAAAUUUGUCAUAUUGCUCAAACUGUCAACCACUACAGCCUUAAGUUAUUGGUUUCCUCUCUUCAUAUCUAGAAUCGUGGAUUUUGAUUUCGACAUAAAGAUAGCGUUGUAUACUGUAACGUUGCUUACUGGUGCCUACAUUGGUAUUGCGUUUGUCUUCACACGAAGAAAUUAUCAGUUGCUCAAGAAAAAAUAUUUCCCAGCAAACAAUAAGCCGCCAGUAAACGAAAUUCCGCUGAAGAGACUAUAUAGUGGAAGUAAGUCGACUGUACAAGUGUAA